UCUCUUAUUCGGGGACUGCUGCUUGCUUGGCCGGUGGUUGCCCAUCUCAACUGGGGCUGGGCUCAUCCAGUUUCUCGUGUGUACAGGCGACGACCGCGUUAUCUCGUAUCUUCUUCCUCGUGGUAGUGUGGCGCGUCGCACGACCGUCGUCACGCACAGUCUGUACGGAGCUUGCCACCAUCCUGCACGCCGGUGUAAGCGGACCGUAGCACACGAGCGCACGCAACGUGGAUACCUCCCCACAAGACCUGUUGAUCACACCGAGAGAUGGCACAGCGCAAGCUCAAUUUCUCGGCCGGACCUUCGGCCGUGCCGCUCGAAGUGCUUCAAGUUGCGCAGGAAGAGAUGCUGAAUUAUAAAGGAUGUGGAGCCAGCGUCAUGGAAUUGAGUCACCGCUCGGCCGAGUUUGCAGAGAUAGUCGAGACUGCCGAAGCUGACCUGAGAGAUCUGAUGGGCAUCCCUUCAAACUACAAAGUGAUCUUCAUGCAAGGUGGAGGCACAGGCCAGUUCAGUGCCAUCCCGCUUAAUCUGUGUCCGCAUGGCAAAGAACAGAAGGCUGACUAUGUUGUCACUGGCACUUGGUCGGCCAAGGCGGCCAAGGAGGCCGAAGCUCACAUCCAGGUCAACAAGGUGCUUCCCAAGGUUGACAAGCACGUGGGCAUUCCACCGCAGAGUGAGUGGAAAUGCAGCCCAGAUGCAGCCUACCUCUACUAUUGUGACAAUGAAACCAUUCAUGGUGUUGAGUUCAACUUCGUCCCCGACAGUGGGUCAGUGCCCUUGGUGUGUGACAUGUCUUCGAACAUAUUGACAAGACCGGUUGAUGUGUCAAAGUACGGAGUCAUCUUUGCGGGUGCAAAAAACCUUGGCAUGGCUGGCGUCACUGUAGUCAUUAUCCGAGAAGACCUGAUCAGCCCACCAGCAGUCCACUGCCCAAGCGUGCUCAGUUACAAGAUCAACGCUGAGAACAAGUCCUUAUACAACACGCCCCCCACAUAUGCCAUCUACAUCCUGGGCUUGGUUCUCAAGUGGAUCAAGCGCAAUGGCGGAGUGGGAGGCAUGGCAAAGCGAUCGGCAGAAAAGUCCAGGCUUAUUUAUGAACUGUUUGACAAGUCUAAUGGCUUCUACGUGUGCAACGUGGAUCGUGCGCAUCGAAGUCGUGUUAACAUUCCAUUCCGAAUAGGGGGAACUCAAGGGGACGAGGAGCUUGAAAAACUCUUCCUCAAGGAGGCUGCCAAGAGAAACAUGAUUCAACUGAAGGGACACAGAUCAGUUGGUGGCAUUCGGGCGUCCGUGUUUAAUGCCAUGAGCGUGGAAGCGCUUACACUGUUCUUGGAGUUCUCGAGAGAGUUCGAAAAGGAGCACCACAAGUAGCCUUCGCAUUCCACCCAUUUCAUAGAAUACACCCGACAGUGGAGUCACAUUGCCCAGACUAUUUUUAGAGUGGCUGCCAGUGACUAUUGCUUUGAGCCCUCAUGACACAGCUGCACACAACAUGUAUUCCUGCUGCAUGCAUUUUACAGUUUAUGCAGACCAAAAGUUUAUUAAACAGUGCCUUGAACUUGUCUGCCAUAGUGACCUUUAAGCACUUCACUCUAUUUCAUCUCCUACAACAUGAAGUACAUGUGAAGGUCUUUUCCUGUAACAGUUUUCUCAGUGCAUUUCUAUGAAUUAGCAAUAAGUGAAUAAAUUUUUCCCUGCUCAAUUUUAA